CCUGCCCGCCGCCCGCCCGGCCCCGGCUCCCGGGCUAAUUAUUAACCGUCCCCUGGGCCGAGCCCCGAGCAGCCGGACCCCGCACGGCGGACUCCCGCCCUGGUUAGGGACCAGCGGGCGGGCACCGAGCCCCCGUCCCCCCGUCUCCCCCGUCCCGCCGCCGCCGCCUCGGUGCUACCGGCCACACCGCGGCGGGGAGCCGGCGGUCUGGCCGCCAUGGAGGGUGAGGCGAACGGGACCCUCCACCCGGAGUCCUGCGGCUCCGGCCAGCCGCCCUACUCGCGGGAGCUUCUCCAGAGCCUUGACCUACCAGGGAGAUUUCUCUUUGCAGUCUUGACUCUGAUGACUCUAAUUGCCAAUCUGGUGUUUAUAGAGGAAGCGGUCUACAUCUACAGGAGAAUUCCCUCCUUCAAAAGAUCAGUCAUAAUUUGGAUUAAUGCUGCAGCUCCAGUGAUUGCUACUACUUCAUGCAUUGGCAUGUGGAUUCCUCGCUCGACAAUGUUUACAGAUUUCACAGCAGCAGUAUUUUUUGCCAUAGUUAUCCACAAGUUCCUGAUGAUGAUGAUUAAAGAGUGCGGAGGUCAAAAGCUGCUCCUCAAGCGUUUUGAAAAUGGUCACUUCAAGAUCAGCACCGGUCCCUGCUGCUGCUGCUGCCUUUGCCUCCCUCGUGUGCGCAUCACUAGACGAACUCUCUUUUGGCUCAAGCUGGGCACCUUUCAGUUUGCUUUCCUUCGACCCGUGCUCAUGUUUUUAUCAAUAGUGCUUUGGACUAAUGGCAAUUACACCCUUUACAAUUUAUCUCCCAAGGGAGCUGCAAUAUGGAUUAGCUGCUUUGUUGGUGUCCUCACCAUUAUUGCUCUGUGGCCAGUUGGAAUCAUGUUUCAACAAGUUAGGACUCUCCUUAACUGUAAGAAGAUCAUCCCAAAGUUUGCUCUUUAUCAGUUUAUUCUCAUCCUGAACCACUUGCAGGCAGCUAUUAUCAACAUCUUGGCCAUGCAAAGAAUCAUUCCCUGUGCUCCACCGCUCUCCUCUUCAGCAAGAGGAGCAUAUAUGACCCAGCAGCUCCUCAUCAUGGAAAUGUUUUUGAUAACCCUAAUCUCAAGGGUUGUCUAUCGGAGAAGGUACCGUGAGCUAGAGCCUCCAGAGCGUACAGCUGAAGAAUCUGAGGCCAACAAGCAGACUCCUAAGAUUAUCCUGAACGGUGCAGUUAAUGAAGAUGGAUUGCCAAGGUUUUAGAAGCCCUCUGUGCUGCUGUUCUGCCGGAGCUGGAAGCUUCAGGAGCAUGUAUAUUCUUGCACCAUAAAUAGCCACUGUCCAUGUCAGAACAAUUUCUGACAUAAAUGCCUGUGAGCUGUAGUACUGAAAGGACCACUAGUGGAACGAUAACCCUGUUUAUUCUCCAGUGAUAUAUACAUGGUGUGAGUGUUUUCAUACCAUGUAAUUUAGUAAGAUUUCAUACCAUGUACUUUUCUGCUGUUACUGAGCACUUGAUGGUAGCCAAGCUCUCUCACAAUGUGAUUUUAUUUUAUUUUUAUUUUUUAGGUAUUAGAAUGGCUAUGGUUUAGAGUUAAUGCAGAGUCAUUCUUGUUCAUCUCUUUUGACUUUUUAAAAUCUUAUUUCACCCUGGAUUGCUGUCAUAUGUCCAACACAGCAUUUUCCCAUCCUUCCUCCAUUAAACUUUAUUAGCUCUCA